UUACCACUUACACGUUCAUAGCUCAUAAAUCCCUCUUGGAAUUAUCUAAAUCUAACUUUUGCAUUAUAUGAUAGCAUUUGAAUGUUUUCGUGACCUUUUCAUACUUUAGAUCCUCCUACUAAAUAUCAAUAUAGUUGUUGAGUGCCCAAAUGGUGGUGGUAGAGAGCAAAAAAGGAUUAAGUGUUUUUCUUCAUCACUCAACUUAACAUCCACAUGUAACAAGUCACAAACCUUUUCAUUGAAUUGGGCUAAGUGCUCACCAAGGAUUGUUCCUUCCUCCAUCCUGAAGAGAAACAAGUCAUGCUUCAUGAUCCAUAGCCAAACCUAUCACUUUCUUCAUCACCACAAAGUCAUGAACAUAAAAAAAUGAGGAAAGAACUCAACUAAAUAAUUAAGUGCCUUAAUGAUUUUGCGAAGAAAUAAGAGAUUAAAUUUAAAGGAAGGAACUUAAAGAACAUUGUCUAAAUGAAUUUAAAAACUAAAUUUACAAGAACCAAGGUGAGUCAUAAGAACUUGAUCUCCAUUUGGUAAUCAUGAGCAUUGGUUAAGAAAUCUAACAAUUAGUGAUGUGCUUGGUGCAAUUUGAAUCAAUAAUUCAAUGGUUACUAGAAUGAGAGGAAAAACAAGUAAUUAUACCUAUGAAAUUGAAAUGAUGAUUAGAGGAAUUUAAAGAAUGUGGUUGUGCUGAAGCUAGGAAUUGAUGAAUUUGUUCUUGAGUAAAGGGUGCGUUAGGUUUUGAACUAGAACUAGACAUGCCUUGGUUGAAUCUUUAAUCUUUUGUGUUAUUGUUUUAUUUUAUUUUAUUUUAUAAUUGAAGUAAUAGGUUUAUGUCAACAAUUUGGGGCGAAAGGUAAAGUUUUAAUUUUAGAAUGCAAUAAUUAAGAAUAACAAUUAGUUAUCGAAAAGGUAAAGCUUUUUAUGGAUUUAUAUUUUUGCAAUGCUACUUGUCAUCAAGUAACUUUCUUUGUCUUUCUUGUAGGGUUGCUCCCUUAUUUACUCGCUUUCCUUGUGUUAUAUCGUGUGGCAUUAUGCCUUUGUGGGACACUAUGUGUUAUCUCUUUUUUGAUCUACAAAUGGAAAAGAAGGCAAUUAUCAAUGUAUGAUAACAUUGAAGAAUUUCUUCAAGGUCACAAUAAUUUCUUACCAAUUAGAUAUUCUUACUUUGAUAUCAAAAGGAUUACAAGAGGUUUUAAAGACAAAUUGGGUGAAGGAGGUUAUGGCCUUGUAUAUAAAGGAAAGCUUCGUAGUGGUCAAUUGGUGGCAAUAAAGAUAUUGGGUAAGUCUAAAGCUAAUGGACAAGAGUUUAUCAAUGAAGUAGCUACUAUUGGAAGAAUUUACCAUUUUAAUGUGGUUCGCCUUAUUGGUUUUUGUGCUGAGAGAUCGAAACGUGCUCUUGUAUAUGAAUUCAUGGCUAAUGGAUCUCUUGAUAAACAUAUAUUUUUACGAGGAGGCAGUUCCCCAAUAAGCAUUAAAAAAAUGUAUGAAAUUUCCCUUGGAGUCGCUCAAGGAAUUGAAUAUCUUCAUCGAGGUUGCAACAUGCAGAUUUUGCAUUUUGAUAUCAAGCCACAUAAUAUUCUUCUUGAUGAAAGUUUUAUUCCAAAAAUUUCAGGUUUUGGACUUGCCAAGUUAUAUCCACCAAAUAACGAUGUUGUUUCUCUCACAGCAGCAAGAGGAACUUGGGGUUAUAUGGCUCCAGAGUUGAUCAACAAAAAUCUUGGAGGUGCAUCUCAUAAAGCUGAUGUAUAUAGUUUUGGGAUCUUAUUGAUGGAAAUGGUUGGAAGAAGAAAAACCUUGAAUGCAUCUGCUGAGCAUCUAAGCCAAAUUUACUUUCCUACAUGGGCUUAUGACAAACUCAGUGAAGGAAAGGAUGUAGAAUUGGGAGAUGUUUCAGAUGAGGAAAAGAAAAUAGCAAAUAAGAUGGUUCUAAUAGCACUUUGGUGUAUUCAAUUGGAACCCAUUCCUCGUCCUUCAAUGCAUGCAGUUAUAAAGAUGUUUGAAGCAGAGUUUGAAACCCUAGAAAUGCCUCCAAAGCCUUUACUUUCACUACAAGACAAGAAAAAAGAGGAUAUUGAAAUCAACGUAAAUGUUAUAGGGCCAACAAGAACCCCAGCAGGUGAUUGUAUGGAUUCAGUUAGUUUGGUUGCAAAUGCAUAUUAAACUAUGUUUGUUAUUAUCCAACCAUGUAAUGUUAUUGAUAAAACAAAUUAACUUGUUUGUUUAUUAUAGAUGUUAGUGUUAUAUAUUAUUGAUUUCCUUAUUGAUAAAGCA